AUGACAAUCUCAGAUCCCAUUAUCCAAACCUUUGAUAAUCACUUAGAUGAAUUGUUUAUGGACCCAUAUUUGGAACCAAAUUAUCGGUUGAUUGAAGAUUUAGAAGAUAAACUUAGAUAUGAAAAACAAAUAACUCAAGACCCGUCUCUUCUGCAGAAAUUAGCUCCUGCAAUACUAAGGAUAAUAAACUCCGAUCAGACAACGUCUGAGACAAAGAGAUAUGCAACGAGGAUUUUGGAUAUUGUACUCCCAUAUUAUACUUUCAGUCAAAUAGCCGAAAUAUUUAAUGAAGAUCUGAUGUUAAGAGCAUUCCAAGGAAAGGAUUAUCUAAAAUGUGUUUUGGCAAAAGUUAUUCAGAAAGCAGAACCAUCUAAAAUUGUCUAUGGCCCAUUGUUUUUGCAACUAUUCAAAACAUUUGCUGAGCCGAACCUUGAUAUUGCUACGGUUGAUGCCGUUCAAAAGGCAAUUGUUGCACUAACUUUGAAAAGUGAUGAAAUCAGACAAAAGUUUCUAAAUGAUCCUCAAAUUGCUGAGAUACUAAAUCAAAUGAAAGACGAUACUGUUAUAAGAGCCAGAGAGAUGGACUUAAUUUGUGAAGUGCUCCAUGUGAUUCCCACGUUUUCUGAUUCGUUUUAUUUGGUUUCGGAGGAAGAUAUAGCAAAGAGUGGUGAUAUAUUAUUUUAUCAAUUCUGCUUGACCACAUGGGUGAAGCUACUGUGCCUAGUUUAUGAAUACGAUAAUGUCGGUUUUUUGACAGAAAAAUUAAAACCACAAUUUGAUUUCUGCUGCAGAGUAUUUACUCAUAGGGAAACUUUACUUGCUAAUGAAGAAUUCCUUGACUUUGAAGAAUUGGGAACAACCGAAUUAAUGAUUUCAUAUUCAUACAUAGCACCGUCUGUAUUCAAGGAACUAGAGGAAAAAUAUCAUAUGGUUGACCAUGCAAUCAAAACAUACCAAAAAGAUCCAAAAUCAUUGACUUUUAUCUCAAAAGUUAAUACAUUGUUUCUCCGGGACAAAUAUGAGUUAUAUGCGAAGUUUUCUAUGUCCCAUCCUUUUAUUGAAUUGUUUUGCAGUUUAGUUGAAGAUACCUAUAUUUUCAGAGACCGGUUGAUUCCCACCUAUUUUCCAAACAAAGGUUUUCAGAAUUUAGUCUUUGAAGACAUAUUUAGAUUAUUUAAAACUCUUUCUCUAACUCCAGAAAGAAUUGAAAAAAUGGUUACAAUAUGGCCCCUUAUAAUCGAGAAAGUUAUUAAUUCGGAUAUCAACAAUAGCAUUCUAGUCGAUACAUACGAUUUAGAGCUUCAUUUAAGAUCUCUUUUGAGUUGCGGUGUUCCUUUAGGGAAUCUAGAAGACUCUGUAAGGGAAAAGCUUGAUGUACUAAAAGGUAAGGUUUUGCCCUCUGUUGAGGAGCCCCUAACUGAAUUGCAUUAG